AUGAGAUUGAUGGCAGUCCUGUCUACAAAUAUGUUGACAGUCAACAUGUUACUGAGUGUCUUCUUUCUUCCAGGUGCUUUGGAUGCUUGUUCUGAAAAAUCACACCUCUUCAUCACUGCACCACUGAAGAUGGAAGCACUGAGUGGAUCUUGUUUGCAAAUCCCGUGUAACUUUAGUGUUAGAGUAGCAACACAAUUUGAUGGAAGCAGAGAAACCUUUGCAGUGUGGAUGAAAAGGGAUCACAAAUUUAAAACCUAUCCAAACAAUGUGAUUUUCAACAGUAGUCAGACUGUUAACACCUAUCCAAUGAAAAUUACUGGAAACCUGAAAGAGAAAAACUGCACCACUCUAUUUUCCAAUUUAACCACAACAUAUACAGACAUAUACUACUUCAGAGUUGAGAACAGGCCAUUCAAGCAGACAGCUGUUUGUGAUCCUCUUCAUAUAACAGUCACAGAUUCUCCUCCGAGCCCCAGAAUUGAAAUCUCAGGUGAGCUGAAGGAGAAGGAGUCUGUCACUAUAACCUGCUCAGCUUUCACUCCCUGUCCACACUCCCCUCCUAAACUCACCUGGAAUCUCCAACAAGACGCUCACAACACAAUAGAGGAGAACACAGAUCGAACCUUUACCACUAAAAUCCAGAAGACCAUCACUCUGUCUGACAAGCACGAUGGAUACACCAUCACCUGUUCUUCCAUCUACUCUGUGAAUGAAGGACACAAUGUUAAGUCAGCAGAGGGAAAAGUGACUCUCAAUGUUUCAUGUAAGACAACCAGAGUUUGUUAUUGGAUCCUGUCAGCACAUGAUGAUUCAUGA